AUGGACACGGACACAGGGACUCGCCAAAGCACAUCGGGUCUAGAAUGGAAGCUUCACCCGCUCGUCCUGAUCAACAUCAGCGAUCAUCACACCCGCACGAAAGCAAAUACUUCCGGAGCGUCCACACCCGGAGUGCCCUUGCCCGCGGUCAUGGGUUGCCUGUUGGGAAGCCAGAGCGGCCGCACUGUCGACAUCCGGAACUCCUUUGAAGUGCGAUACACCAUCGUUGCGGAUGGCUCGGUGGAGGUGGACAUCGCAUUCCUCCUGAAGAAGCAGGAGCAAUAUAAGCAAGUCUUCAAGACUCUGGAUGUGGUCGGCUGGUACGCCACGGGUUCAGCAGCCACAGAUGCCCACAUGCAAUGCCACCGCAAGAUAUCUGAAGUGGUGGAGGGCCCGGUCUUCCUGCUGCUGGACCCGGCCGUCGACCACAGCCGCAAGGACCUGCCUGUGGCGCUGUACGAAACGGAGCUUCACUUGUCACCCGGCUCGGGAGCUCCAGGCCUAGUGUUUGUACGGGCGCCGUACACAAUCGAGACAAGCGACGCGGAGCGCAUCGGCGUGGACCAGGUGGCACGUAUCCUUCCCAGUGGCCGUGCCACUGGCUCAGAGCAGCUCAGCGCCCAGCUGGCCUCCAUGCACAGCGCCAUCAAGAUGCUGCUGGAGAGACUUCGACUAAUCCACGGGGCACUGGGAAAGCUGGCCAUGGACCCGGCCGCGGGGGUAGAAGGACCUGGACCCGGGAACUUGGCAGCAGUGCCGUACCCGCAGAGCUUGUUGCGCCAGGUGUCAAGUCUUGUCAACAGCCUGCCCGCGUGUGACACGGAGGCAUUCAGUCGGGAGUACCUCACGGAGUACAACGACACGCUGUUGACCUUGUAUCUUGCCGCCAUGACCCGCGGGACGCAUAUCGCCAAUGAGGUGGUUGACAAAUUCUGUCUGGCGUACGAUAAGGCGGGGUGGCGACGCGGCAUCUAAUCGAGGCCGAAAUGGGCUGGCGGGCUCUGCAAAAUGGCGCCGUUCAGAGGGGUGCCCGCAAGGGCUGCUUCAUGGCUAGGUUGAGGCAUAAGUCUAAGUUAGCGACCCUAGGACUAGUCUUGCACGCGUUGGAAUGGAUAGUCUUCCGCAUCAUGGUGCAUGUAUGUAAUUGAGACAAAAACGUCACUAAUUGCAACACAAGAUGUCCUGGGCGAAUCGUCGCCUGACCUGGCCCUAUCUGGGCAACUUGCUGGAGAACGUACACGCUGCGCAUGUGGCAUGUUCAAUGCUGGCACCCACGUUCGCCCCUGGUGCUCUUACCAGUCGUGGGUGCAUGUUUUUGCCUUUGGGCAGAAGGUUUACGGGCAGGAACGAGGUCUUGCGCAACGCUGCGCGAUUAUCCGGCCCGCCGGCGUCUAGAGCCAGACUUACAGGUUACGUAGACAUGCAGGUCAGUGUUUCGAGUACAUGUAAAAUGCAUCCAAAACG